AUGGUGGAAUUUUUAGUGGAUCAGGGUGCAGAGGUAAAUUUACGAAAUAACCAAAAUAACUCAGCUCUUCAUUUAUCAGCUUAUAAAGGAAAUAUCAGAAUUGCGGGAGUUUUACUAAGUAAAGGUGUUGAUAUUAAUGCACAAACCAACGAUGGAGAUUCGCCUUUAAUGUUGGCGACUGGCAAUGAUCAUACAAAGAUGGUGGAAUUUUUAGUACAUCAGGGUGCACAUGUAAAUCUACGAAAUAACAAAUGUCACUCGGCUCUUCAUAUAGCAUCUGAUAAAGGAAAUAUUAAAAUUGUAGAAUGUCUAAUAAGUAAAGGUGCCGAUAUUAAUGCAAAAACAAACAAUGGAGAUUCGCCUUUAUUUUUGGCGGCUAGAAAUGAUCAUACAGAAAUUGUAAAAUUUCUAGUUGAUCAGUGCAGUGCAGAUGUAAAUAUACGAAAUAACCAUGAUAUCUCAGCUCUUCAUUUUGCAGCCGAUAAAGGAAAUAUUGAAAUUGCUGAAGUUCUACUUAGUAAAGGGUCAAAUAUAAAUGCACCAGGCGUGAAAGGAGAGACGCCUUUACUUAUUGCAUUUUUAAACAACCGGGUGGAAAUGGUUGAAUUUCUAUUAUCUAAAGGAGCAAAAAAACUAAUAAACACGCUUUAG